AUGCGACGUCAAGGGACGAGACAUUCACGUUGGUGGGCUCACCGAGUCGCUGCGCGUCAAGAGCCACGUGACGGCGAUGAUAACAUACGACGUGGCUGCUUGUUGUGCCCUCCGAUCGAUCGCGUGGUCCCUACAUGGGCAUUACCGACACCGCUUUGUUGCAGUCGGCAGCUUCGAGUCGUCGGUGGCUGUUCGUGUCUGGGUCCAACACAGCCGCCGAGAGCCGAGCCGUCUACAGAACACGGGCUUCCAGACCACGUUGGGUGA